UCUGGCGGAGAGGACGGCCCGCGUGAUGGCAGCUCCGUCGACGGCCGGGAAAGUGGAGGAAGGCGAGGGUGAGACGGAGGAAGGAUUCGUCCUACCAAGAGCGCCGCUGCCGGAGAUCAUCGUUUCCAAUGUCCCCGGGAGCUGGGCCUACGACACAAUGUCGCGGCGGCUGCGGGAGAAUAUCCUGAUGCGCAUCUACGACGACAACGACAUGACCAAGCCAGAGAUGGCUUCGGCGAAGGAAGCCUUGGAUGCCCUCGUCGAAGAACUCAAGACCGCGGGGGAUUCGAAGAGUCCUGACUAUCCCAGUCGGCCCCCAUCUGUCUCCCCCUCCUUUCAACUCAUCCCUGACGCUACUGCUUCUGCUGCUCACGUACAGUUGAGGCCCAUCUCCGAGGACGGGGGGCCGGAGGUAGCGGAGUGGAACAAGGUCAUGGGGCCAUUCCUGGGCAUGAGCUGGCUGGACACGCCGUGGCUCUACUCUGAGUUUUACGCCUACCGUCGGUUGGUGGAGGCGUUUUCGUUCUUCAAGACAGGCACGAACGAAGUUGCGGUCGUGUCCCCCAGCGUUGGCUUCGUUACGAAAGGAGCAGCGUCGGUUUGCUGUUGUUAUUUCAAAUCGGGGGAGCGAGGAGAAGAGAGGGGGUGAGAGUUCAACCGCUGGGGGCGAUGCACCUGGCUCUGUCAGUAUUUUCCUUUGUGGAAACGCUUGACUGGAUCCACCCUUGUGCUUGUUGCUGCUUCUUGGUGUUCGUUGUCUACAAAGACAGGCUUAUUCCUUUUUUUAUCAAUUACCUCGUCUCCCUCACCUCAUGGAAGCCAGAGCAACGAACGUCCUUGCUCACAGAAAAUUCGAAGACGCACAGCUCAAAGUGAAAGGCUCAGCAGGAUAUGCAAUACAGACAUGAAUGCCUAGACAUGUUUUACUGCUUUAUGUGCUUUUUCCUUGCGAUGUGCUCGGCAAAUCCAGUGACAAUCCAAUACUCUGGUCACACAUGAAUUAGCACGACACUACGUUGUAGACCAAACCGUGCGGUGUUUGCUUCUUUUACGUCUCAUUCUACGCAUGGCAACAAAACGGGGCACCUACCCGUACAGUGUCAGCCCGCUCAUAAGAAACACCUUUUAUUUGAGCGAGGCUCAAAGCCUAUCUUGUCUUUGUCCCCACCACUGAGUAAUAGGCUUAUAGACUAUCUGGGAUUAAUGUAGCACCAGGCGCUAUGCUCU